CCGCUGGGUCGAGGCGUUUAGUCCGACCCUGGUCUACAGAGCUUGAAAUUAUAAUAUACAUCAUCUUACUCGCUACUACAUUUUAUAGUCAUUUGGACUUAGUUUAUUUUUGCUCUUGAACAAUUACGAUAUUUUUGUUAAAUAAAUAUUAAACACUUUAUUACCACUAUACUUUGAACUUUAUUCAACAUCUUAAUUCCAUUCAGCGACUGGUUCUGAUCGGGGCUUGUUACAACUGGAGCCGAGGACAAAGUCCACUUACUAAAACGAAACAUUUUAAAAAUGUUUCAACAAUUUACUUCUGGAUUACAACUUCUAAGAUUCAAUGGAGGUAGUUUUAUCCCACACCUCUAUUGAAAAAGACCAACUGCAGUACGUCUAUUUCAACGACUCUGAGGACAAGGAUCCAGCAUUUCAAACUAUGAAUAAGUAUAGUUUCCAAAGACCUGAAAUGGAGAUGCCUUUGCAAAGUUCCCAUUAUAACCCUUCUAGGGAAACUCUUGGACGCUAUUCUGAAUAUUCGUUACAUUCUAGUUACAAGAUACGAGCUGGUGAUGCAGCAUCUACCAAUUCAGUGGCAUGUACAACAAGAAUACCAUAUGCUACUUUAAUAGCUGCUCUUUUAUGUUGUACUGGUAUUGGAGUAUUUUGUUGUACAAUGUAUCGUGGUGUAACCCUUAGUGCAUUGAUGUUGGAUCAAGUGUUUCAUCUCUAUAUUGGCUGGCUUGAAACUGUAAAAACCGUUUUAGUUUUGAUAGCUGCAGGAAUGGGAGCUCUAACAUUAAUGAUUAUAUUUGUUGGAUUUCUGGCUACAGGAGCAACACGCCGUCGUAUUUAUAAGGCAUGGAGAAAUAGAGUUGGUGGUCGUAUAUCUUGUGCAGUUUUUAUGGGUAUUAUUUACGUACUUCAAUUUUUUUGGAUUUUUGUAUUUGGUUUACUAAUAGUUUCGACAUUUAUAUUGACCGUUUUUUGGAAAAUGUGUGUAAGCACUCAAGUUCAAGAUUAUCAUCAAUGCAUUGACUUAACACAAUUUAAUUUCUUAUUUCCACAAUCUACUCGUAUUGAAUAUUUAAAGAUUUGUGAAAUUCGAGAAAUAAAAUUCUUCUGCAGAGAUUUUGUUGAAAAAUCAGAAUUUAUGUUUAUGAUGGCAACUUUUGGAGUAAUUUUGAUAUUAAUAAGUCUGGUUCAUUAUCUGAUGUGUUUAUCUGCUAAUUAUGCUCACAUCAGAGAUCAUGAAAAAUUUGAAGAACUUCAAGAAUUACAACUUUUGCAAGACACUGAUUUCGCUACUUCAAAAGAAAGAUUUUAAACAUUAAUUGACUAAUUCAAUAAUUAAAUUAAACUAAUCGCUUAAAUCAUUCCACAAUUUUUAAAAUACAUAUGUGCUACAUUACAGGGUUUCUAAAUAUUGAUCUACCGUCCAGUUAAUCAUUCAUAGUUUUUAUAUAUUUUAUUAUGUAAGCUUAGGGUUGUAUCUCAGACAAUGGCAAUAUUUUACUUUAUAAUUAUUAUAAAGAAUUUUUAUUUUGAUUACUUAUAUAUAAUUUUAGAAGUAUAUAUUUUUAAUUAUAAGGUUUUUAAUUUGAAUCUUAUUGUACUAAAUAUUGUAACUAUAUUUUAAGUAUUACUUUUAAAUAAUAGUUUUUUUUUUUUUGUAAUAAUAACCAAAAUUGAUAUCUUUUAAUUUAUUUAAAAUUUCAACAACCAAAAAAAAUUUAUAUUCCUGAUUUUGUUUCCUAUUUUAUUUUUAAACAGACUACAAAUAAUUAAGUCUAGUCGUCUUUCUUUUUCUGUUAGGUUUUAUAAUUUUCAUUUUUCCAGUAUUUUGUGGUUUUUUGUUCACUAUAAAUGUAGAAUGUUCCAUUAAAAACUUUUCCAAUUUUAAGAAAUUAGUUUUUGUUAAACAAUUAUUUUAAUUUUGUAAAUGGUUGUGUGCUUUAAACAUUUUCAUUAGCAAAAUAUGUAUCCAAUGAGUGUUGAUCAAUAUCAUAUGUCAAAACACAUUAUUUUAUAAUACCAUACUCUUUUAUAAUAUAUUUUAUUAAGUGUAAUAUUUGCAUUUUUAUUUUUAAAACAACUUUUGUGUAUCAAUUAGUUAGAAAUAAUUUUUGUAUAAAUUAAUUACAUUACAUUUUUGA